AUGACGACCAUAUACGUGGUUCCAGACUCUCCUCCGAAGCCCUCUGGUUAUAAAUUCUCCAAAUCUUCCCCAUUCCACUACUCUCCCCAGCAUUCUAGUCCGAAUGGAAUCCUUGCAGAUAUUUCCCAUUUCGAGGAUAUAGGUUUGGAUGAAGAUUACGUUGAGGAUCACCGCCACUUCGCCCAAGACAAGUUUCCCAUUCAGCCAAGUCAACGCGUGUCCCCUAGAGUUGAGCCUUGUACAGCGUUCGUGGCCACAACAACUAGAAACUUGACUUCCUCAGCUGGUAGGAGAGAGUAUCCUCAACUCUGCCGUCAGGUUCAAGGGGCUUCGGAGGUGAUGCCAUCGCUCAGUCCUCCACGGCCCAGGAGCGCGUCGAGCCGAGUUCUAUCUAAUCCUCCCACACCUUUACUUCAGCUGCGUCCUUCAAGCCUCCAACUUUCGAAAUCUCCCUCCCCGGGAGUGCAACCAACACCUUUAUCUCCACCCAAUCCAUCCCAUGGCACACCAAUGCCGCCAAGGCCCCGGCUUACCACUUCUCGAUUCAUCACGAAUUCUGCAUCGCAACACCAACACCGAAAAACUGUCCAGGAGUUGGAAGAUGAAUACCAUGAUUCGGAUGAAGACCUCCCUGAAGAUGCAACUUUGUGGAACGUUCCCAUUUCCCCACGUCCUCCCCAUAAUCGCCCUGGUGGUAGGGAGUUUAGUCCCGACCGGAGAAGCCCCGGCCCGCGACCGAUUCCACUUUGCCAUUCAACACCAGCGCUUGUAUUGCUUUCGUCUCCAAAGGCUUCUCCUUCAAAGUCUGCUGGACCGGUGAGGUUUAAAGUUCCAAGUGCCAGUUCUCUCGGGCCCCCUCGGACGCAGCCAUCCCCUCCGUUCCUGCGUGUCAACUCUUGGAACCUGGUUAUGUCUGAGCUCUCUGAGGAGGCGAAAAUAUUAACAGAAGCGCUCGAGUUCCAUGCUGAUGCUUCAAUCCAGGGACGUGGAGAAAACAUUCAGAGCGUGAAAUCGUCCAUCAGAUCUAUUUUGGAGCUGGGACAUUGCGAAUCCAAUGGUAUGAUACAGUUGCCGCCUCUGCAAAAGUCGAAUAUCAUGAUCGACCCAUUCCCUAUCAGCAAAGAAAAGGAGAGAUUCUUAUCGCGAACUCGACCAAGCUGGCUUCCGCCAAAAGACCCAAGGGAAGAGAAAAAGCAUUUGUUGGAGUACAAGCGCAUGAUGGCGCUGUCUCGUGAAGCUGACAAACGCAAAGCUGCCGAGGCGGCCUCCGCCCUGUCAUCGUACAAGGGAACUGUGGUGGCGUGGAAUAACUACACGUUCUCGAGGUGCCGUCUGGCAACGGGCCCUGGGAAACGAACUUGCUUUGACAGAGAUACAAAACUAAAAGCUCUAGAACGUGCUGAUCAUUUCCAAACCAGAACGGGUGACAAUGCAAGUGAAGCCAACAAAAUGAUGAAGGAAUGUUUUGCUGCCAUCCGAAGGGAUGUAUCAAGCGUAUUUCCAAAUCUACGAUUAUUUAGACAUGAUGGACCACUACGGGAAAGCCUAAUCAAUGUGCUGGAUGCGUUUUCGAUGUACAGAAACGACGUUGGCUACCUAUACGGUGUCCAUCAACCUGUGCGGACAAUUGCUGCUCUCUUUCUCCUCAACCUCCCUACACCUGCUGCAGCAUUCCAUGCACUUGCAAAUGCCCUGAACAAACAGUUACCCUUAGCGUUUUUGACCGCUGAUCCCGGCGUUACCUCCAGAGCUUACUCCUUCGCCUCUACAUUAUUGCGCUUGAAAUAUCCGCGCGUCUCGAACCAUUUAUACAAGAACUUGUCCCUCUCUGACGAACAAAUAUGGGGACCAAUGUUCCAAUUUCUUUUGACAAAUGUUCUUGACCUCGAGCGUGUUAGCCGUGUAUGGGAUUGCUGGGUCUUUGAAGGUUAUAGAAUUAUAAUUUGUGCUGCUGUUACAAUUCUUGGGUGCUUGGAGAUGACACUUUUGAGUAUCUUGCCAGGUGAUGGUGGACAAAAAACAACGACCAGAAUUUUAGGAUGGGGUUCAAAGAGUAUUGAUAGUGAAUGGACCAGCAUAGCGGUUGACUCUUCUGAUAUCGACAAUAUCAAUGGCGAUGUGAGCGGCACCGGGAAUGAGCUUACUGGCUAUAGGAUGUUGAAUCAUGUUGGUGAUGAGAAUGUAUUUAUGAAAUUGAUUAGAAUUGUGCAGCGGGUCUAA